GGUGGGGGGCGAGCAGUUACCACGGAGAUACAUAAUCAGAGAAAGUAGCCGAGGGAUCUCUUUUUAGUUUAUGGGACAGAGGCGCGAGAUGUCACCAGCCAAGCGCGAUCCUCCGCGGACUUUCCUCAGCUUCUCCCAGCUCCUGCUGAACAGCGGCAGCUUGGGCCCGCCGCUCCCCCGGCCCAAGGUCAGCUACCUGGAGGUGGAGAUCCUGGACCAGAGGACCGGAACGCCCGUCUCCAUAAUAGACAAGGUGCAUCCUUCGUCAACAGUGCUUGACUUGAAAAAUCGCUUCCAUAAAGCAUGUCCUGGUUGGUGUCCAUCUCGCACGGGACUCAAGACUGACCCCAAUGGGCCGUUCCUGCCAGACACCUGCGUCAUGGAGACCAUCGCCACCUCGUCCCUGGUCUCCGUCUACCCCACGGACCUGGGUCGGCAGGUCGGGUGGACGGCGGUGUUCCUGAGCCAGUAUUUCGGACCUCUGCUGAUAUACCUGGUGUUUUAUUUACGCUUGUCAAACGUGUACGCCGACGCCAUAAAAAGCCGGCGGCCGCUAGUAGUGCACUUGGCCUGUUUCUGCCACUCUCUGCACUACAUCAAACAUCUUCUGGAGACUCUGUUUGUUCACAAGCUGUGCGAUGGAUGCACCCCGCUACGAAACCUGCUGAAGGGUUGCGCCUUCUACUGGGGAUUUACUGCUUGGCUGGGAUAUUAUGUCAACCACCCCCUCUACACCCCCCCAUACUAUGCAAACAAACAGAUUAUUCCAUCGCUUGUCUGGUUUUUGUUUUGUGAAGCUGGAAAUUUCUAUGUCAACAUUGCUUUAGCCCGGCACAGUCAGAGGGGUUUGCACCCUGGGCCCACCUGUAACCCCUUCUCCUGGCUCUUUAAGCUGGUUCACUGUCCGCAGUACACCUACGAGAUUGGAGCCUGGAUAAGUUUUGCCAUCAUGACUCAAACCGUCCCCGUGGCAGUCUUCGCGGCGCUGGUGUCGACCCAGAUGCUGCUGAGGGCGAGGAAGAGGCGCCAUAAGUACCUGAGGCGGAGGAACGGAGGGGGCGGGGCCUACCGGAGAGCCGCCGUCAUCCCUUUCAUACUGUAGGAAGUGGGUAGGGGGGGCCGGAGCACCGCCCGCUGGAUUGGGAAAUAAUGCCGCCCUGGCAACAGAGGCCAGGCAAGAGACGCCCGCUACGGUAACCGAAUCCUAAUGAUGCUCUUUAAUGGAGAAGAAAGGCAGGGGGGUGGUGGGGUG